AUGGCCUGUACUAAGCAGACUGCCUGUAAAUCCACUGGUGACAGAGCUCCAUGUAAACAGCUGGCCACCAAAGCAGCAAGGAAAAGUGCUCCCUGCACUGGCGGUGAUUUGAAACCUCAUUGCCACGGGCCUGGUACUGUGGCACUGCGUGAGACCCGUGACAGCUACCCCAAACCCACAGAACUUCUGAUCCACAUGCUUCUAUUCCAGAGGCCUGUGAGGGAAAUUGCGUGAGACUUCAAGACAGACUCGAGGUUCCAGAGUGCAGCUAUCGGUGCACUGCGGGAGGCUAGUGGGGCAUACUCGAUAUGUCUCUUUGAAAGCACAAACCUGUGUGCCGCCAUCCAUGCCAAGAGAGUCACCAUCAUGCCCAAAGGCAUCCAGCUGGCUCCUAGGGGAGAGAGCUUAAGAGGAGGCAGUUUUCAUGGUGGUUUGUAG